AUGCUGAGCCGGCUCGGGGCGCUGCUGCAGGAGGCCGUGGGCGCGUGGGAGCCCACCAUCGACCUUCUGGAGGCGUUUGUGGAGCACUGGAAGGGCAUCACGCACUAUUACAUCGAAAGCACAGAUGAGAGCACCCCGGCCAAGAAGACGGACAUCCCCUGGCGGCUGAAGCAGAUGCUAGACAUCCUGGUGCACGAGGAGAGGCAGCAGGCGGCGGGCGAGGCGGGGCCCUGCCUGGAGUACCUGCUGCAGCACAAGAUCCUGGAGACCCUGUGCACGCUGGGCAAGGCCGAGUACCCGCCCGGCAUGCGGCAGCAGGUGUUCCAGUUCUUCAGCAAGGUUCUGGCCCAGGUCCAGCACCCGCUCCUGCAUUACCUCAACGUCCACAGGCCUGUGCAGAACCUUCUCCGGCUCGGGGGAGCUCCCGGAUCCCUCACGGAAAAGGAGGAGGUGCAGUUCACCACCGUCCUCUGCACCAAGAUCCAGCAGGAUCCAGCCCUGCUCACCUACAUCCUGGAAGGUAAAAAAACUGUCGCUCAGAAGAACGCCUCCAAAGAGUCCACCGCCCUGCCUGGAGAGACGGCCAGUAUCGAGGACAAGGACCACCCCCACAGCAAGGCCCCUGACGGGGGUCCCGGUGGGGCCGGGGCCCUGUCCGCACAGCUGCCUGCUGAGACCCAGGAGCCCGACGAGGGAGUUGGAGAGAACAACCUCAUCACCUCCCUGGUCGGCCUGUGCAAGAGCAAGAAAGGCCGUGUGGCUCUGAAGGCCCAGGAGAACCUGCUGCUCCUCGUCAGCGUGGCUCCCCAGGCAGCCGCCACCUACCUGGUGCGGAGCAGCCCUUGCUGCCCUGCGAUCGUGAAGCACCUCUGCCAGCUGUACCAGUCCUUGCCCACCUUCCUGGACCCUGCAGACAUCGCUGCUCUAGAGGGCAUCUCCUGGAGGUUACCCAGUGCCCCGUCGGAUGAGGGUAGCUUCCCGGGCAAAGAGGCGCUGGCUGCCUUUCUGGGCUGGUUUGAUUACUGUGACCACCUCGUCUUGGAGGCACACCCGGUGGUGGCGGAUGCCUUGGCAAAGGCCGUGGCGGAGAAGCUGUUCGUGGAGAUUCUGCAGCCGCAGCUCCUACACGUGUCCGAGCAGAGCGUCCUGACCUCCACGGCCCUGCUGACGGCCCUGCUGCGUCAGCUCCGCUCCCCUGCGCUGCUCGGGGAGGCCGUGGCCUUCCUCCUGGGCUCGGAGCCGUGGCCGGCGGCCCCCGAGGACAGCCCCCGUUCCCUGUGCGCCCACCUCGUCAGGCACUGCGACCACCUCUCGGAUGAGAUCAGCAUCGCCACGCUGCGGCUGUUUGAGGAGCUGCUCCAGAAGCCCCACGAGCACAUCAUCCGCAGCCUCGUCCUGUGCCACCUGGAGGGCCGCCUGUACGCUGCCCGGGGCUCCCAGGAGCCCGAGAGCUACGAGGACGAUCUAGACCUCGAGGAGGACCCCUACUUCACAGACGGCCCCCUGGACGCCGGCUUCCAGCCCUCUGCCAGGCCCCGCCCGGCCCCCGCCACCAGCUCGGACGGCAAAACGGCGGUGACCGAGAUCGUCAACAGCUUCCUCUGCCUGGUUCCUGAGGAAGCCAAGACCUCCGCCUUCCUGGAGGAGACGGGAUACGACACCUACGUCCACGAUGCUUACACACUGUUCCAGGAGUGCAGCUCCCGAGUCGGUCCCUGGGGCUGGCCCCUGGCCCUCACGCCGCUGGACCCCCACGAGCCAGAGCGGCCCUUCUUCGAGGGGCACUUCCUCCGGAUGCUGUUGGACCGCAUGUCCCGGAUUUUGGAACAGCCUUACAGCCUGAACCUGCAAGUGACCUCAGUCCUGUCCCGGCUCGCCCUCUUCCCCCACCCGCUUAUCCACGAGUACCUCCUGGACCCCUACAUCAGCCUGGCCCCCGGCUGCAGGAGCCUGUUCUCUGUGCUCGUCCGGGUGAUUGGGGACUUGAUGCAGAGAAUUCAGAGGGUGCCCCAGUUCCCAGGCAAACUGCUCCUGGUGCGCAAGCAGCUGAUGGGUCAUAUUCCUGGGGAGCAGCUAGACCACCAGACCCUCCUCCAGGGCGUGGUGGUGCUGGAGGAAUUCUGCAAGGAGCUGGCUGCCAUUGCUUUCGUCAAGUUCCCCCCACAGGGUCCUCACCUGCACCUCCCCCCACCCCCGGAAGGACACGUCUGA